CGUGGGGAUGGCCUCCCACCGGCUCCGCUGGGGCGCCAUCUUGUGACCUGAGGGGGCAGUCGCCAGUUGGAGCCGGUGGUUUGAAAAAGGGGCUGGAGGCAGCCGGCCUGGGCCUCGCGCUGGGAAGGAGCGAGCGAGCGAGCGGGGAGAGGUAACAUCUAAUACAGAAAGAACCUAAGAAUGAGGCACAAGUUUCAGAUCUGUCAUCCUUGAACCUAAAUUACCUGGCCUACAAAAGUGAAGUAGGGAAGCCAUGCUUCUUGUGCCAUGGUAAGUUGAUGGCUCUCUUGUUUUAAACCAAAGCCAUCUUUCAACCAAAAUGAGAAGGAGCAGCACGCAACGUAAAUACAGGAUGUGGUUUCCAAACAACUGAAGUGUGAAGCAAACCUCAUGAAUUUCAACCACCAAGAUUCAGAGAGCACCAUUGAUGUCUGCUCCAAUGAUGAUCUCCCUGAAGUUGAGCUGGUAAACCUGCUAGAAGAGCAGCUGCCUCAAUACAAGUUACGAGUGGACUCUUUGUAUCUCUCUGAAAAUGAAGACUGGAUCCAGUCUCCGAGCCACCACGACCCUGUCCCUCAAAUCACAUCUCCUAUCCUGGCUGAGGAGAACUUCCGUUACAUGACUCUUCUUGAACUUCCUCCUCCUUCCUUGGCUGGAUCUCACAAAUACCCACCAGUUCUUGGCACAGACAGCCGAGAGCAGGUGAUGAAAAAUUGCAGCGAUGUCGAAGUGGUUACUCAUCUGCUGGCUGAGAAAGAUCGGGACCUGGAGUUGGCGGCCCGAAUCGGACAAGCCCUCCUUAAGCGAAACCACAUCCUGACGGAGCAAAAUGACGCUCUGGAAGAACAGCUAGGCCAAGUGUUUGACAAGGUUCACCAGCUGCAGCAUGAAUUGACAAAGAAAGACGAACUGCUUCGGGUGGUGUCCAUCGCUUCGGAGGAAAGUGAGACCGACUCUAGCUGUUCUACACCCCUUCGCUUCAAUGAAUCUUUCCACUUGACUCAGGGACUCCUGCAACUGGAUGUGUUGCAGGACAAACUCAGGGAAAUGGAGGAGGAGAACCUGGCUCUUCGAACAAAAGCCUGCCAUUUGAAGACCGAAACGAUCAGCUACGAGGAGAAGGAGCAGCAGUUGGUCAGUGACUGUGUUAAAGAGAUCCGGGAAACAAAUGCUCAGAUUGUCCGAAUGAGUGAGGAGUUGACGGGAAAGAACGAAGAGCUGCUCCAUUAUCAGGAGGAGAUCUCCUCACUCCUGGCUCAGAUUGUGGAUCUUCAGCAUAAAAUCAAAGAGCAUAUCAUUGAAAAGGAAGAGCUGAAACUUCACCUGCAGGCCUCCAAAGAUGCACAGAGACAGCUGACGGCAGAGCUGCAUGACUUACAAGAGCGGAACGCAGAGUGUCUGGGGAUCUUGCACGAAUCGCAAGAAGAAGUGAAAAGUCUGCGCAGCAAAGCCAGCCAUGCUGCUCUCCUUGGCCACCCGCAGUCAUGUGGAGCAUUUCCCGGAGAAUCUUUGGCAGCAGAGAUCGAGGGCACGAUACGGAGAGAGCAGAGUUUGGAUGAGAGAUCUGUCUCAAAACUGAAGAUCCAGCAGAAGCGUGUGUUUGACACUGUCAGAGCCGCUAAUGAUACUCGUGGCCAUCCUGCCCCCCUGCCCAUUCCGGGGUCCAACCGUGCGAGCGUCGUGAUGACAUCGAAGCCCUUUCACUCUGGCUUCCAACAUAUAGAAGGAAAAGCAUGUUCCACUCAGAGCAGCCCAGAGAGCAUUUCCAAGGACGAUCCAACGCCAGGCCAGCCAGGGGUCCCCGGAGAAGAUGACGUAGCCACCGCUCUGCACAGACUUACCCUCCGUCGGCAGAACUACUUUAGUGAAAAGCAGUUCUUUGAAGAGGAGUGGGAGCGAAGGAUGCGCCUCCUGGCUGACCAGACAGGAGAACUUGCCUGCCGCAGCACGCCAGCAGAGAGCUGCCUUCUGAUGGGCAGCAGCUCGGAACUUACUGAUUCUUCCAGCACCUCCAGCAACAUUCGCAGCCUCCUCCCGGAAAAACUUCAGAUCGUUAAACCGCUUGAAGGCUCUCAGACCCUCUUCCACUGGCAACAGCUGGCCCAGCCCAACCUAGGCACAAUCCUGGACCCUCGGCCUGGCGUGGUCACCAAAGGUUUCACGCCCUUGUCCCAAGAGGAUGUCUACCACCUGUCUGACUUGGAAGAAGAUGAGGAAGAAAGGGAUGAAGGCAUAACGUUCCAAGUGCAGCCGUCUCCUUCAGAGGGAAAGAAGCCCACGGAGCCAAAAUCAGUGGCAGGGAUCUUCCUGCCUCCUCUUAAAUUAGCCACAGCGCCCCCCACAGCUUCCAACCCAGGAAAAUGUCUGUCCUCUACAAACUCAACGUUUACUUUUACUACCUGUAGGAUCCUCCACCCAUCCGAUGUCACACAAGUUACCCCGAGUGCCUCCUAUGGACCCCAGUGCUCCAAUGGCAGCUGCACUACGAGCAAUACGGUCACCAGCUCCCCGGCCAUGUCAUACAGGCUCAGUAUUGGAGAAUUUCUCACCAACAGAGGAGACUCGACUACCACUUUCAGCAGCACUACAGGCUUGGCUAAGCUCCUGCAAGAAAAAGGCAUCUCGGCCAAGGUCUACAAUAGCCCGGUCUUGGAGAAACCGCCCCUCCUUCCGUCCUUCAAGACUCUUGCUGUUCCUACCACGCCCCCAAAUUCUCCCCUGCACUCUCCUUGCCCUUCCCCUUUGCCCUUCGAGUCUCGAACGAACGUGUCCGAAAAUUUCUUAGCCUCUCGGCCGGCUGAAACACUGCUGCAGGAGAUGUACGGGCAGAAAUCCUCCAGCCUUCCUGACAUUGGGCAGCUGAAGAUGAACCUGGUGGAGAGGCUGAAGAAGCUGGGUAUCGCCAGAGCUGUCAAUCACCCUGGAGCAGGGGACGACAAAAAGAGCCAACGGGCGAGGGCGGCCCUGCCAAAGCAGGACUUGGUUGUGUACGUCAGCGCAGGCGGCAAUCUGAUGGGAGGGCUGAGGAGAAACCACAGCCUUCCUGUCUUGAUUGGGGCCCUCGGGGGCCCCUUGGGCACAUCCUCGCCUAAAAUGGGGGUCCUGAACGAGGACUGAGUGGUUUGGCACGGGGGGGCUUUGGAUUGGAACGAACAACGCGUGGACUUUGAGAUGCAGGCCGUGGUGGUUGAAAGGAUGUAGAAGAAGAGUCGGGGUGGGGUUCUAGUCAUGUUGAAAAGAGGAGGGGGUGGGCGGGAGGGGGCCGAGUCUGCCCGGAGUAUUACAAACAAACAAAAAAAGUCGACGAGCAAACCAAAGGUUCAAGUCUUGAUACGGCUGAAAUGUCCACUCCCCUUCCGUCUUGAAUAAGAGGAGGCGGCAGAAGUCAUUCCAUGCUUGUUUCACGUGUGGAAUAGUAAAUAUCUGCAUAAGUUACUUUGCUGGAUGUAUUUUUUCAGAUUUUAUUGGAAAGGUACUAUCACUUAGAUGUGGUUUGGGGGGAAAAAAGGGAGCCGGAAUAGUCCGUCAAAUACCAAACAAGGGUUGCAGAAAGAACCAAACAUUUGCAGUUUCUCAAUAAUCUGAACCUUCUUCUUUAAAAGCCGGGUGUUGCAAACCCUGCGGAGAAAUUCCUUCAUAUCCAAGAGUGCAGAUUUGUCGGGGCAGCUGUCCUGUUUCUGCACAGAACACUCAGGCAAAUAUUAAAGAUGCAAAAGGGAAUGGAAUCCAUGUGCUUAAUUCAGGGUUUACAUUUGACUUGAGCAGGAGUGUAGACUUAGCAGGCAAAGAGAGAGAGAGCGCGAGCGAGGUGCUCAACAUCUGCCCGUGUUUGGGAAGCGCUUUAAUUCAUAAAUUCCUCCUGCUGAAAUAGUCUUGCAGUAAUCCCACAGAUUGACAGCACAACCUCAAGGUUAAUUCUGCAGGAUGAGUGACUAGAGAGGAACUGUAAUCUGGGAACAUAUUUUUAUAAAACAAAUUGCUUGAUACGUCAAGGUCUUUCCCCCCUCCUGAUUUCUUGGAAGGCUUCCAUUGUGCAGCUGUCAUAGAGGAGGCAGUUAUGGGGAUGUGCCCCUUUUGCCAAUUGUAAACAGAGCUUUGAUGUCUAGUACAAAACAAGAUGGCAGCUAUCUUUGAAACCGCAGUAGCCGCAAAUAUUGGCAUGGCUAAAAGAGAAACCUUCUUUCCCUUUAAAAAAAAUGUUCCGGAGCUUCUGAAUAAACCAGUUGGGGGAACACCUGCCCUUUUACAGCCUGUUGGAGGAGCAGAUAGCAAUUCAGUCUUUCUCAAGAUGGCUUUGGAGAAAGCAAAAAAAAUAAAGCACAAGUCAUUCCUGCCUUCUGUUUUUGCCCUGACACUGUGGUCGAGGGAGGGAGGCCCUUGCAAUGCUCAGAUCCUACGCACAUCUAAAAAAGGCCUCUCUCGCCAGUGUGGGAGAGUGCUCGAAUUACCAUGCCGUGCUUGCCGUGAGCACUGUGAUAGUAUCAAGGUUCGCCCUUACGGUUGGCUAAUGGAUGCAAGCUCCUUUCCGUGAGCAAAUCCCAACCCGUGCAGAGGAGAAAUUCUGUACGGUUUGAAAACGAAGCACAAGUAGUAGAUGUCAGACUUUGCAAGAGAUCUCACACAUGAGCUCCAGCAAUUGCAAGAUGUAUCUGAAAGUGCUGAAUUGAUGAUCCAGAAACAUAUAAUUGCUCUGUACUUGGCUGCGUAUCAGAAACAUGAUUUCACCAGUCCCCUCGGCAAUGUAGCCGGGGACUUUUUAAUGGUUUUUUUUGGGGGGGCGGGGGGGGGGGAGCAUAAGAUUCUAAACAUGCCAAACAGCUGCACAAGUGAGUGGUACAAACGUAUUUAUUAUAGAUGACUACAUACGGGUUGCUUCUAUUUUAAAUUAUAACCAUAUUCAGACAUUUUUAAUACUUUCAGUGUGUACUUUUGUGUUGUAUAAAACCUCGCCACCUUCCGCUAACAAAGGGGAAUUUUUGUUUUACUUCUGCUUACAGUCCAACAUGUCCUGCUAUAUUUUUAUAAUACUCGGGAAAGUUCAGUUGGUGAAACGGUGGUGUUUGUCCAAGGCAGCCAAAAACAUCUGAAAAAGGGGGAAAGCACAACGUUUCAACAAGCAUAAAAUAUAUGUGUCUGAUUUAAUGCAAUGAGUAAAUUCCUGAUGCAUUCUUUUUGGAAAAAAAAUAGAAUCAAUGUGGGUUUCUAACUGACUUUGUAACUGCAUCUGCUUUUUAAUUUUCUGAAUUUCUCAUCAGCAGAGGAAUUGAAACUUGUAAACCAGACUUGUUUCUGCUGACUGUAUUUAUGUUAAAAUGAAUUUUAUAAGUAUACUCAGUAAAUGCACGUUCAUAUAUAUUUGAA